AUGCCAUCAGCUCUAGGAAGUAGCUCUCGGCCUCAAACAGCUGGAUACCGACGAUUGCAAGCGCUCACGCCCUACAUCGCACCGCUAUCAUUCAACGUACCACCGCCAAUGGAGCAACGAAAUGCUCUGGACAGAAUGGCUGCAAAGCAGAUCGAACGGCGUAUUAAGAAGAAAGAAGAAAAGGGCUACAGCUCAGACUCAAGCUCUAGUUCAGAGUCUAGCAUCAGCUCCAACAAAGAGUCCGCCCUGGUAUCUCAUGAUGAGGUCAACGGCAAACAAAAGAGAAGAGCGGAUAAAGCGGAGCGUAAACGAGCAAAGAAAGAAGAGAAGAAGGCGCGAAAGGAAGAGCGGAGAUCUAGGAAGCGGGACCGGAAAGGGGCCAAAGCUCAUGUUAAGGAGGGUAAGAAGUUGGAGAAAGAACAGAAGAUGGUCGAGAAGAUGGAGUAUAUCAUCAUUGAGUCGCUGAAUGAGGGGAUGUAG